AAUACGUAUUCAGAACACGUAUGGAGUUCGUUGUUCCUGGGAGAACCGCCAUGUUUCUUGGAUGAAGAAGAUCAACCACGCCAUUGUGCGCGUCAUACUAUUCCUCGAACAAUUUAUUUAAAAUUUCUGCCGACGAUAAGAAGAAAGAAUUUUCUGAAAUCUACAACAUCAUUUAAGUCAUUUAUCGUCGAAUCUGAACAGCAGCUGUAACGAUAGAAGGGUUAUAAAUUUAUCGUGGUGUGAUAAAUGUGCGAGCAACAUGUAUAGCAACAACAUUGAUCCUUGGGAGCCAGGUUAUGGACCAGAAAGAAGGGGGCACACUUCUGAUUACGAUUACCGUAAUGACUAUGGAAACAAUCGAUCACCUGAUUAUGGAGAGCAUCGUGAUUCAGAUCAUCGUGAUAGAGAUCAUCGUAGUCCAGAUUACAGAAAUCAUCGUGGAAGAGACAGAGACCGCGAAAGAGAUCGUUCAAGAGAUAGGAGAGAUCGUAGCAGGGAUGAUAGAGACCGUAGUUAUAGAGAUCGAGAAGAUCGUUAUGGAAGGCAAAGAGAUAGAGAUUCUACAGAAAGGGAUCGUGAUCGUGAUCGGGACAGGGAUCGUGAUAGGGACAGAGAACGAUCAAGAAGGGAUAGGGACAGAGAUAGGGAUAGAGAACGUAGAGGAAAAAGAGAGGACAGAGAUAGGGAUCGCGAUGAUGACCACAGUCGUGAAAGUUUGGACUUUGAUCAUGACCAUGGUCGUGCUUAUGGCUCGUCCAUGGAAGGCAUCCACUACAAAUCUCAAUCUCCCAACAACACCAUAAUGAUUCGAGGGCUCGCGCAGCAUAUUACUGAAAAUGACGUGCGGCAAGACAUCCUCAACUGUGGUCUCAUGCCAAAGGACAUCAGGCUUAUUCGGAAAAAAGAUACAGGUGCUUCGCGAGGUUUUGCAUUCGUCGAGUUUAACGCGACUCAGGAGGCUGCACGGUGGAUGGAGAUGAAACAGGGAGUCCUGAUGCUACAGGAUCAAUAUCGUGCAUUAAUGCAGUACAGUAUACCGAAGGAUUGUCAUGUGGAUAAACCACCUGCAAAGAAUACACAAGACUGGCAUUGUGUAAAGUGUGGAGCACAUAAUUUCAAAAGACGUGAAACAUGUUUCAAAUGUUCUGCUUCACGAGCAGAAAGCGAAGAAGGUGGAGAAGGUAGCGAUGAAAUUAGUCCACAUCCUACCAAUACUGUUCUCCUUAGAGGACUAGAUGUAUUAACCACUGAAGAUUCGGUUCUUCAAGCAAUGAAAAAUCUAUCAUCGAUGCCAAUUAGGAGUAUACGUAUUGGACGGGAUUCUCUUACAAACACAUCAAGGGGUGUUUGUUAUUUAGAAAUGGGUAACGUUGUGGAUGCAAUGUAUUUGCAUACAGCACUUACGAAACAAGGAUUAGUCGUUGACGGUAGGAAAGUAGAAAUUGCAUAUUGCAAGUUACAUCAGAUUAAUAAUACGAAUGCAUGGAAGUCUAACGAUAAUCAGUCGCAGAGGUACACCUUGGAUGAUGUAGCUCAAUUAGCAGAAUAUAGCGCCAAUUUAUAUGCCAAAACACCAGCACAAAAAGCUCAUUAUCUUCAGUAUUAUACACAGUACUACCAGAAUCAGAUAAUGCAAGGAACAGCUAUUACAUUACCUUCAUUGAACCAAACGGACAGAGUAAAUGCAGCUGCUGCAGUGGCUCAAUCUGCUAUACAACAACUGCAAGCAUCCAGAAAGAUAGGCGAUGCAGAUGAAAUGAAAGGCAGACCAACUCCUACUGCGCCAACUAGCACAACUUUAGCAAGUGGAAGGGUUCCUGCUCAUGCAAAUGAUGGAAAAGUUUACUCUGUGCCUGAUGUCAGCACCUAUCACUAUGACGAAUCUUCGGGUUAUUAUUAUGAUCCAAGUACAGGAUUGUAUUAUGAUCCUAACUCACAAUACUAUUACAAUAGCCACACGCAACAAUUUCUUUAUUGGGAUGCAGAAUCAUUUUCCUACCAACCAGCGAAGACAACCACAACCGUUACCCCAACAACAGGAACUGCUACUACAAGUGGAACUACGAUAACAGCAACUGCUAGUAGUACCGAUUCGGCUACAACAGUUAUGAGUCAAGCUAUCCCAUCUUCAACAACUACAACUCAAGAUGUAUUGAAGGAGGAUGAAAGUAAGAAAAAAGACAGUAAACAGGAUAAAGUAAAGGUUGCAAAGAAAAUAGCAAAGGACAUGGAACGUUGGGCAAAAACUUUAAAUCAAAAGAAAGAAAAUGCCAAAAGUAAUUGGAAUUCAGAAUUUACUGGAGGUGAUGGUAAUCAAGGUGUAGGAAGUGGUGCAGCCGAUGCUGGUUACGCUAUAUUGGAAAAGAAAGCCCUUACAAAUCCAUAUCACGAAGAUGAGGAUCCCAGUGGAAGUAACGGAUUAGUAGCUGCUUAUGGUGGUGGAAGUGACACAGAGGAGGAAAUUGAGGAUGUCCAACAAGAGGAAAGGCAGCAUACGGAUUGGAGCAAAUUAGCUUGUUUACUUUGUAAACGACAAUUCCCGAGCAAAGAAGCGUUGCUUCGGCAUCAACAAUUAUCAGAUCUUCAUAAGCAAAACUUAGAAAAUUGGUAUCAGGUGCGCGGUUUAGAUCCGAAUGAUCCUCAACAAAGAAACAAUAAGUAUCGAGAUAGAGCUAAAGAAAGGCGAGCCAAAUAUGGCGAACCAGAACCACCACAACCUAAUAAAUUAAAAGAAAAAUAUUUAAAAACCAGAGUAGAAGACAUAUCCGUUUCUUAUGAAGAACCUACAAGAACAGGUAUUGGAUCGGAUAACGUUGGCAAUAAAUUAUUACAAAAGAUGGGAUGGAGUGAAGGAAUGGGCCUUGGUAAAUCAAAUCAAGGUAGAACAAGUAUCAUUGAAGCAGAAAGACGAGUUCCUACCGCGGGUUUAGGAGCUAAAUCAUCAUCUUAUAGUGCGCUACCCGGGGAUACAUACAAGGAUUGUGUAAAGAAAAUGAUGUAUGCUCGUUAUCAGGAAUUAUCCGAUACGUAAUACGUUAAGUAUUGUUAAAUAGAUUUUAUAUAUAUAUGUAUAAGAACUUGUAUUCAAAUUUUCCAUAGAUAUGUAGUUAUAUAUCCACAUUAUCUGAUAAACAUGAAAUAUGUCAGAAACUGCACAGUAAUAAUCGGUUUUUAAGACUACAUUUAGUUUGAUGAAAAUUUAUUAUUUUUCACAUAAAAUAUCUUUGUUCUUUCGUGUAUACUUACCGAUAGACAAAGUAGCCGAAUAAUAAUAAUAAUAAUAAUAAUAAUAAUAAUAAUAAUAAUAAUAAUAAUAAUAAUAUUAAUAAUAAUAAUAUAUACUCUACAGAAAAUACGCUACUACCAGAAAAAUAAGGUGAAAAUUGAUAACAAUUUUAUUUAUGCAAUGGCACCCUUAAAUUAAUCUUACAAUGCUCAAUAAUUUUUUUUCACACAUAGCAUUUCUAUACCUUAAAUCACAAUCAUGUUAGGAUUAACCUUCGAAGGAAUUCCGUACCACAUUCUCUAAACUACUUUAUAGUAACGCAUGAAAAUUUUUGUAUCAAUCAUAAUAAUAUGUGAUGAUACCUAAAAAUAAAAUAUAUAAUUUAGCAUUAAUA